AUGAUGGGUGCUUUCGCCUUCCCUCCGCACCUCCUGCGUCUGGCGGGCAUCGGAGCUGGCGAGUUGGCAGCCAUGGGUUUUUCUGCUUCUCACCUUCACUCGGCUGCAGGGUUCAGUGUGGAAGAGCUCGUCCUUGCCGGCUUUCAGGCGGCAGCUGUGAGAGAUCUUUUGCAAGACGGUGAGCUCACAUCUGUGCUGAGCAAUGUGCGCCCAGCCAUGGGGUCGUGGAUGUGUGCCGAGCUAGAAUCUCGUGGCUUCACGGAACCGGAGUUGACAGCUGCAGGAUUCAUCAGAGAGGAGUCAGGAUCCCUCUUCGGGGCUCCCUUGGUCGACUCAGCAAACGGAGGACUUUUCGCCGGCUUUGACUAUGCCACCUCCAGCACCUUGCCUGCUGCGACUGCCCCGCAGUCCCGAUCCGGGAGAAUGCCCAGGCUCAUACCAGAGUUGAUGGCCGGGGACGGGCUCCUCAAGAAAACUGCCCUGACAGAUCACAGUUCGGCCCACCCAGCAACAGCCCCAACAGAUGACAAUGAGGAGCUGUGA